UCGUUUUGGUCAUAUUCCAUCAUGGCUGCUUCCAGGUCGUUGAUUUUGGCUAGGUGCUUUAGCACGUCUGUGGCAAAAGCACAGAUGGUUAAGCCUCCAAUUCAGAUAUAUGGUAUUGGAGGACGCUAUGCUCAUGCAUUAUACUCUGCUGCUAGCAAAGAGAAGAAGCUAGACCAGAUUGAAACUGAUCUGAAGACAGUAAAGAAACUGCUGGACUCGGACAAGAAGUUUGCAGAAUUUGUUAGGGAUCCAACAUUGAACAAAAGAAUAAAAAAAGAAGCAUUAACUGGUGUGUUGCAGAAACAGAAUUGUCAGCAGGUCACUGUCAAUUUGUUUGAACUGUUAGCAGAAAAUGGUAGACUGAAGAAAAUAACCGAAGUCCUCAAUGCUUUUGGUCGUAUUAUGAGUGCACAUCGUGGCGAAGUAGUAUGUGUAGUAACAACAUCACAGGCUCUUGAUGAUAAAGAACUGAAGAGUUUACAAGAAGCAAUUAAAAGUUUCUUAAAGAAAGGAGAAUCAUUAAAACUAGAUGUGCAGGUCGAUCCAAAGAUACUUGGUGGUAUGGUUGUUAAUAUUGGUGAUAAGUAUGUAGAUAUGUCCACAGCUACCAAAAUCAGGAAAUUCACUGAGCUACUCAGAGAUCCUGUGGAGGUUUAGUUUGUUGUGUGUUAUUCAAAGCUGGACGAUAUUCACUGGUCCUGUAUAUUUAUUGAGAAAUCCAAGCGUGUUUUCAUCAUACUGUGUUUUUGCUUGUGAAACUGCGUGUUGCCAACAAAUAUAUAGGACUACACAUAUUUCAAGAUUUUGUUUGAAGUGAAGUGAAUUGUAUAAAUUUAAACAUUUUGGAAAAUUCCACUUGUUGAACUAGUUCUUUCUAUAACAGGGAUUCAUGGUAUUCUCAAGAAUAACAUACACCAGUAAUAAAUAAUUUGUGAAAAACAA